AUGCUGCGUCCCAUCGAAUUUGAAAUCAAAGGACAAGGAGAUCACUAUCUGGAUUUAUCUCAAACUUAUCUUCAAAUGGUAUGUAAAUUUACCAAAGACGAUGGAAGUAAUCUGACUGGGGCGAACAGCACUUCGAGUCCAGUGAAUAAUAUCUUACAUUCCAUGUUUACGGAAAUCGAUCUCAGUUUGAAUGGCAAAAUAGUGACUCCGGGGACAGAUACUUAUCCUUACAAAGCUUAUCUGGAGAAAUUAUUGUCUUACCGACCCAGAACUUUAAAGACACAGACGAGGGCCUGUAGUCUGUGGGAAAAAGAUACAGCAGGACACAUGGACGAAGUGGGAAUAGAUGACCUUGGUCUAGCUGCAAAUAAAACCUUUAAUGUAACUCCGGGUGUAAGUGGUGGGGCUGACACGGUGACCAUUAACGAACCCAUCCUCACAGCGCUACCGGCCAAUUCUAAAAACGAAGGAUUCCGAAAAAGACACCAAGCUAUUGCUGACAGUAAGAAAAUCAGUUUGCUGGAUACUUUACAUUUGGAUUUGUUUCAACAAGAUCGAUUUCUACCCAAUGGAGUAGACGUCCGUUUGCGAUUCAAUCGAGCUAGACCCUCUUUCUACAUGAUGAUCAAAGGAGGAAGUACAGGAAAAAGCCAAAUAUCCCCUGAGAAGAGUGGAAGUGAAAACCUUUACCAUCCCCAUAGGGACCAGUCUAAGAUUACGGAUCAUCUGUUUCAAGGUCAGAUGCCUAAACGUCUCAUUUUAGGUUUUGUGGAGAAUGCGGCCUUUAACGGAGAUAAAACUAAAAAUCCCUUUCAUUUCCAAAACUUUGGGAUUAAGAAAUUAGAUGUCAGUAUCAACGGAGAGACCAUGAGUACUCGUUGUUUUGAACCUCAUUUCAACGAGGAUUUAUAUCUGAGAUCCUAUCUCAGUCUGUAUCAAGCUCUGGGAAAAUUAGGAGAAGAUUAG